UCUACGAUGACCCAUGAGAUGAGCCCAGGUUUUUCACAUGCAUCUCUCCUUCUCUCUGUUCCUCUCUCCUCCUUCUCCUCCAGGCGCCAUUUCUUCCUUUACAUUUUCUCUCUCUAGAUUUCUCUCUCUCUGUCUCACUCUCUCUCUCUGAGAUUCCAUAAUUAGGGCUAAUAUCUCCAUCACCAUAACCAUUUCUAGGGUUUUUCCAACACUUCAAAUCCCUAACAUAAUAAUUUUAUUCACCUCUAUCAAUAUCUAUAUAGAUACAGACAUAGAUAUAGAACUAGAUUUAGAUUUAGAUUCUCCUUCGUUAUCUGAACUUUACCCAAUUUUCUAGGGUUCAAGUAUCAAGUUUUUUUUUUUUUUUUUUUUGCUUUCUUGAUCGCCAUGGAUGAUUCGCCACAGCUUUUUCAAUUCGUACAAUCAGUGCUCAUAGGCGUAAUUUUCUCAUUCCUUCUCGCGAAGCUCAUCUCUGUAGUCGUCUCUUUCCGAGAAGAGAAUCUCAGUAUCGUUCGUGGUGACUCGGUUGAGAAGGAAUUGAAGCCCUCAUCGAGUGAAUCGAUCCCGAUUAUCGACGAUUCAGAGAAUUCUGGGGUUAGUGUUGUGGAACCAUUGGUUAUUGAACGGGCUAAUUUGGAUACAGUGAUUGAUGAUGAUGGUGGUGGUGGUGGUGGUGGUGGUGAUGAUGAUGCUGAUAGUGAUGAUGAUUGGGAAGGGGUUGAGAGUACUGAAUUAGAUGAGGAGUUUAGUGCUGCUACUGCAUUUGUGGCCGCUGUGGCGUCGGACCGGUUGUCGCAGAAAGUAUCUAAUGAUGUGCAAUUGCAGCUUUAUGGGCUAUAUAAGAUUGCUACCGAGGGACCGUGUAGUGUGCCGCAGCCAUCGGCCCUCAAAAUGACUGCUCGCGCAAAGUGGCAAGCAUGGCAAAAGUUGGGUGCUAUGCCCCCAGAGGAAGCAAUGGUGAAGUAUAUUGCAAUUGUUACUGCGUUAUAUCCUACUUGGGCUACUGGUUCAACUUCUAUAAAGGGUGGAGAGAGUAGUGAUGCAACGAGUGGAUAUAAUAAAGGACCAAUGGGACCUGUUUUUAGCACAUUUGUUUAUGAGGAAGAAUCUGGAAAUGAGUUAAAAAUGGAUGCUAUACAUGCCUUUGCCAGAGAAGGAGACUGGGAGAACUUGCUUAAAUGUAUUGAGAGUGGUGUUCCAGUGAAUUCGAAGGAUAGUGAGGGUCGGACUGCGUUGCACUGGGCUGUAGAUCGUGGCCAUCUGAACAUCACGGAAUUGCUUGCAAGCAAGAAUGCUGAUGUUAAUGCAAAGGACAAUGAAGGACAAAGCCCAUUGCAUUAUGCUGCUGUUUGUGAGAGAGAAGCAAUCGCGGAGUUCCUUGUGAAGCAAAAUGCUGAGAUAAAUCUAAAAGACAAUGACGGUAACGCCCCUUUUGAUCUCUGUGACAUGAAGUGGCCUUUGUUGCAACAUCCAGUAGCCUGACUGACUGACUUGUGAUUGAUUCUGUUUUUCAAUUCCCAAACUAUGGAUUAGUUUGUUGUUUCUGUACAUCCUAUAUACAUUACCUCUCUAGCCUUUUCCAUCAUCUUUCAUGAUAACAUUGGCAUGGGGCUAUUAUGUUCUUUUCAGCCUCUUUCUAUUUUCUCAUGCUUUCUUAUGUUUGUUAUUUGUUAGAGGUGCUGGAUGAAUUCAGAAUGUGAAAUUGAUAUGUUUAAAGCCUUGAUAUGCUUCAAUUGUUUUUUCUAUUUAAGAUCUUUUAUUAA